AUGUCAACCAUAAACAAAGACCAGAUCAUCAAUGAAUCAAACUGUUCAGAAACGAAACUACUGGACGAGACAGAACAAGAGGAAGAGGAAGAGGAAGACUUACAGAAGCUUCUGGUCCCUGACGUGCAGAAUCUUCCCCUCACUCCUCCUUCCGCUGUUGAAUCCAACUUUGCCACUUUCUUCGCCCUAGAUUUUAUGAAGCCAGCUCACGAUCAGUACGUUUACCGGCACGCCAAUGGGUAUAAUAUUCAUUGCUUUGAGGAUGAAGGUGGAAUCACAGCCGUUGAUUUCAAUGUUGGGAAGUCUGAUCGCAGCGAGAUGAAAGUCACUGGAAAGCGGAAGAAGAAUGCACAACACUUUGAGUCCAACACUGCUCUGUGUAAAAUUUCUACCCAAAAUGAUACGUAUAUUGUAAGAUGUUGCGUCAAAGGUUCCCUCUUGGAAGUGAAUCAACAAUUGAUCAAGCAACCAGAACUACUUAAUGUUUCGGCUGACAGAGAAGGAUAUAUUGCUAUUAUCAUGCCAAAACCUGCCGAUUGGCUUAAGAUCAAGGCUUCCCUUGUUAGCCUUCAGGAGUACAAGAAAUUGAGGGAAGUUAGUUGA